UCUCUCUUUUUCUUCCUAUCUUAUCUUUUUUCUUUCUUCCUCCCUCUCUCUCUCUCACACACAUUCAUCACUCCCAUACAGAGGCAGCAACUGCACACACAACAGUCACAUAGUCACAAGGCCAAUGCAACAUCCUCCAAAGUGUGCCUCUAUCAAGUAUACACAGAAGCAGUGGCUGCUCCUCCAACACAUCUUCCACUGUCUGUUUGUCUGUUUCUCUCUCUCCUUCCCCCCCGCCCUCAACAGUGACAUACAAAGUAGUGAUCUGUAUACACAACCAAUACAAUAUCUUCCGAUGUCUCUGUCUCUACAUCCGUGUCACACAUGACACAGUGUCAUGAUUAUAUAAUCAAAACAUGCUUUCCCUACACACACAGUGACAGACACAACAGAUAUAGCGAUACACGGCCAAUGCACUUCUCAUCAGCAAUAGUCACGUAUUGCUGUCAUAUGGUUACCCACCCAACACAUGCCUCCCCCCACAAAAUGACACCCAGCAAGGUACACAGUCACAUGCCCAACACAACCCCCUCCUCCCCACCCCCUUUUGUCUCUCUAUCUCAUUGGCACACAUGCUUAGACACCCGAUACAACAUCCCACACAUCCCUCUGGAUAGCUGGUAAACUGGAGGGAGGAAUCGACUGAUGAGAUGGCCAGGAUGCAGCCUGGGGUGUGGUGGGGCAGGACUGUCUUCCCAUGCCCUGUAGACUAGAGGUUUGCUGAGGUCUUCUGCUUUCCCUCUAUCCCACGGCUUCGGGCAGAGGCCGUGCCCGUGCCCGUGCCCGCAGAGGGGAGGGAAAUGCUUGGCGACGUGGAGCGGCCACGUGGAGCGGACCUGGGGCGGGGAUCUGCCGGGGCUGCAGCACGGCAGGAGAGACAAAGCCGAGGAGCCCCUUCUCCAGCCAUCGCAGGAGCUCACGCAGCAGCUUCAGGGAAGAUGCUGUCUUUGUCACUGUUGCUGUGGCUGGUACCCAUGGGUCAGGCUGCUCCCAAGGAUGGAGUUACCAGGGUGGAGGCUGAAGCAGGACUUGAUCUGCCAUCUAACCCUUUUCAGUCAGGCCAGCAGCAGUUCCAUUUGCUGCAGAACUACCUGAAAGGACUGGGACAGGCCUCUGGGGACCUGGAACAGCUGAGCCGAGAACAGGUGCUAUUAUAUCUCUUUGCGCUCCAUGACUUUGACCAGAGUGGACAGCUGGAUGGCUUGGAACUUUUGGCUAUGCUGAAAGAAGCUCUGUUUCCUGGGGCCCAUGCUUGGUCUUCUACAGGUCAGGUGAUCAAAAUAGUAGACAAAGUGCUGGAAACCCAGGACCUGGACAGAGAUGGGCUGGUGACACCUGCAGAGCUGCUCGCCCUCCCUGGAGAUGCUCUGGGGUACAAGGAGCCACAGGAGUCCUCUGUUCCACCUCCUCAAGACUCAGAACUUGUUGGCAGUCCUGCCACGUUGGCCAUAAAACUAUUAGAACAAGUCACUGGGGAGGCCAUGAUUCAGGAGGAAGCCACAGGCCCUGGAGGGGAAGAUCCUGGGCAGGAGGCUAGGAGCCUGGCGGAGGCCACGGGCACUGGACAGGAGGAUAGCAUGAAGGCCACAGAUCCUGAGCAAGAGGCCAGGAGCCUGGCAGAGGCCAUAGGCCCUGAAGAGGAGGAUGGAGGGAAGGUCACAUACUCUGAGCAGGAGGCCCAGAGCUUGGGGGAGGACAUAGGAGGCCCUGGAGAGGAACUGGGAUACCAAAGUGAAGCUGGAGGGGAGGUCAAGGGUCCUCUAGGGGAGGUUGGAGAAGGGAUGGAGAUUAUUGUGGCUGAAGUGGGAACCCUAGAGCUAGAAGAGCGUUUGGAGCCUGGACAGCUUCCAGGUGAGUUUGGAGGUCAUGCAAUUCAGCUGGAGAAUGAUGAAAUGUGAAUGUUAGGGAUUAGGUCACAGUCCUGGAAGCCUCAGUCCCACAUGAAGACAUCAGAGAGGGGGCAGUGCGAGAGGCAGGGUAUGAAAGUUCCUGGUGCUUCCCUAGGGCACCUGUCUCAGUGCACCACUGAUCCCCCUUUUCCUGGUCCUAACAUGGUGGCAGCCCUUCAUUUGGUUCAUGGAGAACCCAGAGUUCAGGUUAUAGAACAAUAGUGACAACCUAGCCUGAAACUUGACUGUCAUCCCAGAAAAAGCAGGUAGCAGCUGGGUCAGGUCACAGAGCCCAUGGGCUUGUGCUGAGUGACCAAGAACUGAAUAGUGUUUGCCUGAUGGACACUUGGCUACACACCUAGUCCAGGUGAAUUGGCUUGGUACAUGGGUGAAGGGCUUUGGGGAAAGGAUGUGUGGGCAAACGGUCCCAAGUAAUCCUGGGAUGCACAGACCUGUGGCCUCUUUGUAUAAAAGUCUGAGAGAAGCUGAGCUAGGCUAGCUCCAGCCCAACCUGUGAAAUGGGAAAUUUCUACUUGGUGCCAAUAAAUAUCCUUCAAUUCCC